ACACGCGGGGUCGUGAGGGGUCGUGAGUGACGCCAGGAGGAGGGGACUGACGCUCCUACACGCGGGGUCGAGGGGGGGGAUACAGAGAGCGCGGCCACCAUGUCGUCCGUGGCGGAGAUGUACGAUGUCACUUGGGAAGAGAUGAGGGACAAGCUUCGGAAAUGGAGGGAAGAGAACUGCCGAAACAGUGAGCAGAUCCUGGAGGUCGGAGAGGAGCUCAUUAAUGAACAUGCUUCCCGGCUUGGCGAUGACAUUUGGAUCGUUUACGAGCAGGUGUGCAUUGCAGCGCUGGACUGCUCACGCCUCGACCUCGCAGUCCACUGCCUGAGACAGCUGCGGAGGCAGUUUCCUGGCAGCCACCGUGUGAGGAGGCUUGAGGGCAUGAAGUAUGAGUUUCAGGAGAAGUAUGAUGAGGCCAACAAACUCUACGACGAGAUCAUCCAGGAAGACGACGCUAACACGGCAGCGAGAAAACGCAAGAUCGCAAUCCUCAAGGCCCAGGGAAAGGUGGCUGAGGCCGUCAAAGAGCUCAACGAGUACCUCAAGCUAUUCGUCGCUGACCAGGAGGCGUGGCAGGAGCUGGCAGACCUCUACGUGUCCGAGCUUGAGUACAGCAAGGCGGCCUUCUGCCUGGAGGAGCUCAUCCUUUUCAACCCCCACAAUCACCUGUUCUGCCAGAAAUAUGCAGAGGUGAAGUACACACAGGGAGGUCUGGACAACAUGGAGGUGGCCAGGAAGUACUUCGCUCAGGCACUCAAGCUCAACAACAUCAACAUGCGCGCCCUGUUUGGCCUCUACAUGUCCUCCGUGCAUGUCGCUUCCAACCCCAAGACGAACACCAAGAACAAGAAGGACAACCUCAAGUAUGCGUCGUGGGCCGCCUCGCAAAUCUCCAGGGCCUACCAGCUUGUGGGUUCGGCACAGAAGGACGGCAAGGGCUCCGUCAAGAUGGUGGAGGACAUGCUGCAGUCACUGCAGAUCACACAGAGCUAGACCACCCUGACCACACCGCCACUGCUGCCAUGCGCAGAGCUCUACACGUACGCACACCCACCUGUGCUCACACCUGCCUGUGGUCACACCUGUACACACACCUCGGCACACACCGGCUUUUGCACCCGCACAUCUGUACACACGCACUGUCCCUGCAUGCGCAGACCUGUACUUGCAUGCAAGUCCUGUUUGCCAGCACGCAUUAAGACCGGUGCAGCGCAUGAGAGGGUGGUGUAGCGAGCAGCACAUCGAGCUAUAUAUGUCUCCCCAGUGCUGAUGUUUAACUCCACACCUAUUACUCAUUUAAGGCUGAGUCAACCUAGUGGAAGCCCAGGACCAGUAACAGACAUCAUUCACGAAUGUUAACCAUGACUGGUGCACCAACAACAAAUGGCAUUCUCUGGCGAUAUCACCACAGUGCAUGUACCAGGCUCGGUGCACUAUAAGGCCAGAUGAAGUGUCGAAGGACCACUGGCAGAAGGCCACAGGGUAGACCCAGGUGUUAUGGGUUAACUGAGAUGACUGGUAGUUCCACCUCGUGUUCUCCCUGCUGCGCCCACUGUGGGCACAGUUGGCUACACACACACAUCUGUAUAUACAUUGCCUCUAUGUGCACAGACCUCGAUACACACAUCCCAUGUCAUCCAUACACACCCAUAUCACACAACUCGUGUGGCACGCACAUGCCCAUGUCAAACCUCGCGACGCGCCCGUGCCAUGUUGCGGAGUGGAGCCCCCUCCCGUAAUGAAGACGCCUGGGCUACCGCCCCACCCCUGGUACGGAGCGGUCGCCUCCAACCCCACAGAUAAUGGGGAAGGGGACCCAGGCAGCAGAAACUUCAAACGUCCAGGACUUUUUACAGGCUUGUGAGACAAGCAUAAAAAUUCGGAAUGUGUGGGAAGAAUGAUGGCGGUGAUGCGGCGAUGGCCGUAGCGUUACCGGGUCCACUCACACCACCCCAGCCCUAACGGCGCCGCUGACGCCAUGGGACCAGCAGCAGCACCAGCGAGAGGGAGCAAACGCCGGGACCGGAAGAAGUGCCGUGAAUAGUGUCGACUUCAGCUCCAAUACCAGGAGCGGUGGUGGCAGGCGGCGGCGCUGACCCUCAGUGGAGAGCGAGUAUUUAUUGUUGGGGGGAGCGCAGGGCUCUUGUUUAGUAUGUGUUUGACUUCUAUUCUUAUUAAAGAGAGGACUUCACACAACCACAUCCUGCCGGGUGUAGAGUUGCAGCUGUAACUUUUAGUGUCAUGUUUAUUGUUGCUGUGAAGCACUCAUGGAGGGUUUAUGAUUUCCCAUCCCAUCCAUGUGAUCCAUCCCCACGCCAAUCGCCCAGCUCGUUACGAUGCUGCACUAGUGGCUGCUUGGUCGUUGGAGCGUGGCAGGGUGCUGGGUUUAGAGUUGGCUUUCUGGAUUGAUGUUGGAUGAGCUGGGAUGAGUAUAGAGUUUAGGUGCUGCGCUGGGUAUAGUUUUGGUGUUGAUCCCAUUGCAUCUGGUAAUAAUUUGGGUGUUCUGGAUAUUGGUCUAGAAAUAGUGGCUUUAGUUUGAGUGUUGGCUGGGUGAUGGUCUUGAGGUAGAGCGUAUAGUGUGGGCGAUAAUGAGCAGUAACAGCAUGAGUGGCAUGGGCCUUGAUGUAAGGAAUAAAAUCAGGACCCCUGUCCAGUUCCCACCACCCCUGUUCAUUGCCAUUUGUCUGAGCCCUUCAACCUGUGGGGCCCGGGGCAGUUGCACCACCUGCACUCCAUAGCUACACCAAUGGUGCUGGGUGUAGGUCGAAGUUGGGGUGUUGUGUCUGGAUGGGUGUUUGACUUUGUCUGGGAGUUCUUUGGCAGUGGGUUUAGUUUGGGGGGUUGGUUCGCAUUUCAUCCUUAUGGCAGUACCCCGGGGUACCAAAUAAUACAAAAUGGCCGAGGCAAUUAAAUAUUUUAUUUCUGGGGCACUUUUUUCCAGGGGUGUACUUAACUCCGCGACUUGGGUACCAAUCCGAAAUCAGUGCUACUCCGCGAUGUCGAAACGCAGCGAGGACUGAACGCUCGUAUGCACUAACGUGCAUCGUGUGCAGCUCAUCAAGAUGAGUAUUGCUGCAUCGCCGACCAUCAACAGACUAAAAAUAAGUGCAUCACGGACAUGCGAGAGCCAUAAGGUUAAUUUGAGGUAUUGGGCAUUGUGCUGUUCAGUUUGGGAAUCUUGGGUGGUGGGUUGAGAUUGGGUGUAGUUAUAAAGUCGGAUGUUGGGCUUAGUAUGUUUAGUUGGGUGUUCUCUUUUACUGCUGAACGUGGGUAUGGUGUUUGGGGUGUACAUUGGGUGUAGGGCAGGUGUUGCGCUUGGCUGAGGUUAUUGUUGACCCUAACCUGAGACCCUUAACACAGUUGUGACCCCAGUCGUGACCUUUAACUGCCACCCGUCGCGUUCGUGGCUGUGCAAUGCUGUGGAGUUUAAGUUGACCUUAAAGACAUAAGGCAGCUGCGUUUAUUGAUCUGAUGGCUGUGCUUAUUCACAACCGCACCCAACACGAGAAUCGUGUUCCACGGCGUCGGCUCCCCCCGUUCGCGGCUGUAUGAUCCAUUCUCCACUGGCACACCUGAGCCAUACCAUCGCGGGGCCCUCUCGGUAUGGGUGGUUUUCCACAAAGCUGAGCUGGAACCAUGCAGUAAAACUUUGGCCUCAUUUCAGACAUCUGGCUCGGGGUCAAGCGGAGUCACGGAUGGAUUUAAUCAUUCUCGACGUAUGGGUUGGGCAGUAAGCAACACGUUCAUUGUGUGAUGUCAGCGGCACGGAUCUGGUUCUCCAGUGGAAAAAAUGCUGGCUCGGCACAGACCCGACGUAAUUUGGUUGUACAGUGGAGAAGCGUGCAGAUGUGAGGCCAAGCUGAUGGGCUGUGCGACCGGUUUUACACCACAACCUGGGAAAUGCAUUCCCCUGGUGUACCUGCCAAGCCAGUUUCUAUCUCACCCAGACCCUCCUGUUUCCCCUUGCUCCUCUGACCAAUGGUCUUCACAUCUAUGUGUCCCCCAUCUCCUACUGUGUCUCCGACUCAUGGCCCCUGGCCACCUAUCUCCCUACGUUCUCGUCUCUUCCCACGUUCCCCCGUCUCAUCCAAUCCCCCGAAACAAUUUACCCCCGUGUCCCUCUCAUCAAAGGCCCCGCGCCCCCUAUGAGUGGCGCGCCUGUGCUUCAGCAGAAUGUCGCUGUGUGCACACACAUGAUUUUAACGUCGAUAUUUUUCAAAGAAAUAAAAUCAAAGAAGGUGA